AUGCACGUUUUGCUCACCAACGACGACGGGCCCUUGGACGACCACCUGGCGCCGUACAUCAAGUACCUCGUCGACGCCAUCCGCACCACCACCGACUGGGACUUGCUGAUCGUCGUCCCCGACCAGCAGCGCCUGUGGAUCGGCAAGGCGCACUUCGCCGGCAAGACGGUGGCGGCGCUGUACGUGUACACGACGGAGACGGUGUCUUUGGGCGCCACGGCCGUCAACACUAAGCUUGGCCCCUUUACCACCCCGCAACCCCAGUACCGCGACGACCCCCGCUACCAGGAAUGGUGUCUUAUCGACCUGACGCCGGCGGCGUGCGCCGACAUUGGCAUCCACCAUCUCUACUCCCAGCUGAAACUGAAGCCCGUCGACCUCGUCAUCUCCGGCCCCAACUACGGGAAGAACCUGGGCAACUUGUACGUGCUCACCCUGGGGACGGUGGGGGCGGCGAUGGAGGCGGUCACCCACGGGGUGAAGGCGGUUGCCCUCUCCUACGCCUUCUUCCUGCCCCACCACGACCACCAAGUAUUGCAGCAGGCGGCGCGGAUCUCGGUGGCGUUGAUCCGGCGGCUUUAUCGCCAGUUACUCAAGCGAGACGACGUCGAUAUCUUUCUGGUCAACGUCCCGCUCUUGCCGCUGCUUGAGUACGGCAAAACCAAUAUCCACUACGCCCCGAUCUUGGAAAACUACUGGAACAGCAUCUACGCCCCCGUCGCCACCGACGACGGCACCCACCGGUUCCAGUGGCAGCCUGACUUCAAGAAAGUCCACAAGGAUAGCAUGCUCGACCCCCAUCACAGCGACCUGAGGGUGCUCUUGGACGAGGGCAUUCUGGUGACGCCGCUUAAGGCGGCGUUCCGUCCCGUGGAGCCGCUCGCGGGCCAAAUCACCCUUGACGAUGACGACGACGAUGGCGACGACGCCGUGGCGGCGCCGAUGCGCCAGUUGGCGAUUAUCGACGAUACCGAUAAGCUUAGCCUGCCGACACUUUUAAUCACGUUCCCGCCGUCGCUGUACACGUUCGAGCCAGCGGCGCGGGGGUUCCACGGGUUCACCGUCACCACCAACCGCGCCGUGCUCGAAGACGCUAACGUCAAGGUGUUCCACUACGGCGACUACGAAGACCUCGACUUUGACCGGGUCUACAGCGACAACUACUACUUCUGCUCGUACGUGUACCGCAAGGCGCUCAUCCGCAAGCACUACUUGGCCAACACCGUCCACCACUACGUCACCAAGCACCCGGAGUCGAUCCUCGCCCGGGCGGUCCCGGCGCUGUACCUGAUCGAGGUCGACUACGCCGAGUUCUUGGACGACGCCCUCGACGACGCCUACGAGCUCCGCGACGACAUUUUGGCGGGGGACCGGCUGUGGAUCCUCAAACCCAGUAUGAGCGACAAGGCGCAGGGGAUCAGAGUGUUCCGCACCUUGGACGACUUACAGGCGAUCUUCGACUCGUUUGAGGCCGACGACGAUAGCGACGACGACGACGGCGAUGAUGACGCCGCCGACGUCGAUAACAACGGCGUCAUCGUGUCCCAGCUCCGCCACUUCAUCGUCCAGGAGUACAUGGACCGGCCGCUUCUCCUCGCCAACUACGGCAACCGCAAGUUCCAUUUGCGGGUGUACGUCGUCGCCGCCGGCAACUUGGCGGUGUACGUGUACCGGUCGAUGUUGGCGCUCUUUGCCGGCGCCGCCUACCAGCGGCCGCAGGAGCUGGCGGACAUGGCGUGCCACCUCACCAACACCUGUGUCCAGCAGGGCCAGCUGCCGUUGGUGGUGCCGUUCUGGCAGUUGCACGACCCCAACCACUUGAACCGCCCGCAGAAGCAGCGGGUGUUUGACCAGAUCUGCACCAUCACCGGCGAACUCUUUGCCGCCGCCACCAGCGUCGACAAGAUGAACUUCCAGCCGAUGCCGCACGCGCUCGAGAUGUUUGGCGUCGACUUCUUGGUCAACCACGACUACCUGGUGCUGCUCCUCGAGGUGAACCUGUACCCUGACUUCAAGCAGACCGGGGACGAGCUUAAGGGGAUCAUUGACGAGUUAUUCGUCAAUGUCGGUGACGUCGCCUACGAGAUGAUGAUGGGUAAGCCGGUCAGUGGUGACGUGCCCAGCCACCCUCAGUUGGUGGAGGUAUUACGCCAGAACUGA